AUGGCUUUGACAAGUGGCUAUGCAAAUCUACCAUGUGUCUUCAUGCAUGGAAGACUAGAAGUUGAUUAUGUUUUGAUUAACGAUCCUCCUGUUGAUAUUAUUGCUGAUAAUUCUAAUUCUGCUAAUAUUGUUGUUGCUGAUGAUGCUGCUAAGAAGAAAUUUGCAAAGGAUAAUAAAAUAGUGAGAUGGCAUCUGUUUAAUUAUAUGACUAACCCUCUCUUUGAUUUGUUUAUAAAUUAUAAAUCUGCUAAAGUCAUAUGGGACAGUUUGGAGAAGAAAUAUGGUGCUGAUGACGCGGGAAAAAAGAAGUAUGUCGUUGGAAAGGGGAUCAUGUUUCAGAUGGUUGAUGAUAAGCCAAUCAUGGAACAGGUUCACGAGUAUGAGAACUUGACUGCUGAUGUUUUGAACGAGGGCAUGGAGAUGUGUGAGGUUCUUCAGGCUAAUGUUCUGCUUGAAAAGUUUCCACCUUCCUGGAGUGAUUACAGGAAUCAACUGAAGCACAAGAAAAAAAACUUAACUCUUCAAGAACUGAUCAGUCACAUGAGAAUUGAGGAAAAAGACAGGUUUAAAGGAAAACGGAAGAAAGGACAAGUGAAGAAGCAGAAUUACUUCAAUAAGCCAGAGGGCCAUAUUCGAAAGUCGAAAGGACCUUGCUAUGUCUGCGGCAAAAUUGAUCACAAGGCUUUUCAGUGCAACCAGAGACAAGGACAAAACUCAAAGAAUGGAGGAAAAGCUCAAGUCCAAGCUAACCUUACUGAGGGUGGUGAUGUCAUUGCUGUUGUGGUUGUUGAGGCGAACAUGGUGGCUAACAAAACUGACUGGAUACUAGACACAGGCGCUUCAAGGCACAUUUGCGCCAACAAGUAG